AUGUCGGAACAGCCUGAUGAACUUCCUACGAGAUGGGAAGUUGAACUUGAAUUCGUUCAAUCACUUGCAAAUAUUCAAUAUGUGAAUUUCCUAGCACAGAGCGAUUAUUUCAACGACCCAGCAUUUAUAAAUUACCUUGAUUACCUUAAUUACUGGAGAGAUCCCAAGUACGCAAAGCACUUGGUUUAUCCUAACUGCCUUCACAUCUUGACCCUACUACAGAACAAAGACUUCUGCAAAGAGAUUACAAAUCCCGAGCUUAUGAAUAGUCUUAUGAAUGAUAUGGUUAAGAAGUGGCAGGGCCUUGAAGAAGUGAACACUAAACCGAAGGAGCAAGCAGAUGAAAAGGAGACAGAGAAGAAUGCUGAGGAAGGAACUGAGGGCGCCGCUAGCAAAGAGGCAGAUACAGGGGAAAACUCAUCAGCAGAAACGAGGAUACAAGAAAAGCAACAGGAGCAUUCAGACGGACAGCAGACCCCGGAGCAGCAGGAUGACCAGCUGAAGGCAACAUCAUAA